AUGUCCACCGUCCUCUCUGAGCUUUCCGCUGUUCGUGACGCUAUCAAAAAGGAGCAACCCUUCUGCACUAGUACCUACCCUUUGACCGACAACGGUGGACCGCUUUUUUUUCUCACUGACGGCGGCGAGGGCGCGCAAUAUAUAGAUCUCGCCAACGCGGAUGAUCUCAAACUCCAAACUCUGGUAGGAGCCUGCGAGCGAGCCGCUUUCGGCCUCGACAACAAAGACGUUUUGGAUGAAACCUAUCGAAAAGCAUGGAAGAUGGAUAGUUCAAAUUUCUUGACGCGUCUUGAUGUCGUCAACGCAGGGAUCAUGGACCACGUUUGCGCCAAGCUCGUGCAAAAUACGGAAAGGAAAGUUCGGUCGGAGAUCUAUAAACUGAACGUCUACGGUCCCGGAUCGUUCUUCAAAGCGCACAAGGACACGCCACGCAGUGAGAACAUGUUUGCCUCCCUGGUUGUCGUUUUCCCCACUCGCCACGAAGGAGGAGCCCUUCAUUUUCGUCACAAGGGUGAGGAAUGGACCUUUGAUUCUGCAACCAUAACUUCUGCCCAAGAAAUUCCGUCGAUCGCCUAUGUUGCGUUUUAUAGCGAUGUCGAGCACGAAGUUUCCAUGGUCACCUCUGGCCAUCGUGUCACCUUGACUUACAACCUCUAUUACGACGACACCACAUCUGUUACCUCCAACGAUUGGAUUAAAGAAGACGAAGCGGCUCUCCGCGAGUCUCUAUCCUCCUUGCUACAGAAUCCCGAUGUACUCCCACGUGGCGGUUAUCUCGGUUUUGGACUCGACUUUAUGUACCCGACUGCAGCGGAAACUAAACUAAAGGACCUCAUAAACUCCCUCAAAGGCAGCGACGCCAUGAUCAAACGCGUUUUGGAACAGCUCAGUCUCAAUCCCAAGCUGACGGUCAUAUAUAAAGCGUCAGAAAAAGGAUACGAGACGGUUGAGGAGGACGGGCGCACAAAGUAUCGGCGUACGAUCACAAUCACUCAUGUCAUGUUGGACGAGAUGGAUCGGUUUCCGGAUUGGCAGAUCGAGGAAGGAAUUGUGGACGCGUUAUUGGGUGUGGGCGGGGUAGCGAUCUGUGAUGCAGAUGAAGAAAGUACAUCCAGCGACGACGGCAAUCGUAGGAGCCGCAUCAAAGCCAAGAAAGUUUUGUGGAUCACACCUCUUACAUCGUUCUCCCGCGUCAAAACGUCCUACAUCGCCUAUGGCAAUCAGGCAUCGCUCGGUUACAGUUAUGGAAACCUUUGCCUCGUCGUGAAGAAAGCGGGGCCGGAUUUUGAUGAGAAGAAGCAGGCGGGCAAAAGAAGGCGGGUGAUUUGA